AGAAGCGAUGCAUGAACCAAACGGCCAUCUAUGUAAUAGUUCUUGUUUCAUAGCUGCUUGCGUUCCGCGUAGCUGCCAAUUCGUGUUCAAAGCCCUAACCGGUCUGCUGUCGCUGACGUGCCCUAUUCAAAGCCGUUUAGCUACCUGUUAAUACGGAUAGGCAAUAUGUCACUACGUAGCUUUCGAGCGUUGCCGUCCAUCGGGGCAUCCCUUCGGCGUCCGAAACGUUACGUCAGGUUCGCACAGCUGCUCGUUUCAGCCGCGACUUCUGCACCCGACACAGGUUCUGAGUCGCCGUCAACUUCUGGGGUCCAAAAUGCGUCGAACGUCCGCAUCCUGCGGUACCCCGAUGGCUAUGAACGUCGAAUCAUAUAUCCGGUAGCUCCGGCCGUAGAAGCAGGGUCAGACAACGAGGAUGCUUGGAGCUUAUGGACACAUGCUGACGAGGACGAGUCAAGCGUCUGGCAUGACUGUGGGCUGGCUGGCGCGGCCUGCGUUGUCGAGACCCGAGUUGUGAAGCCUGACGCCUUGCAGGACACAGACCCCUUGGUGGAGGAGAUCACAUCGUUGCAUCGGAGCAGCCAGCUGCAGAGUCCUCAAAGCGUUUCGGAGCUGGUCAAAAGUAGCUACCAGAUCCUGACGGGGUCGCCCUGGCUGCUGCCGCGCCCCCUCUACGUGCUGGCCCUACGCCAGCCGCCGCCCCCUUCCCCUCCACCUCCUCCUCCUUCCCAGCAGCCCUGGGGUGGUGCCCUUUGGACCCACCACCACCACCAGGAACCCCAGCAGCAGCAGCACCUCCCUCCCCCGGACCCUCAAGAGGUGGCUACCGGCGACGCCGCGCAGCUCUACUGGCUACCCACUCGGACCGUGAUGCAGGAGGAGCAGCAGGAGCUGGCGGCGGUGCUCAAGCGUCCCUCGCUGUCGCUGUCACUGUCGCUCUCUGCGCUGCGAGACGGAGUGGUGGCGUUCGGCGCGGCGGAGGACGCAGCGCGGUUCGCCACCUGCCUGGAGGCGGAGCAGCAGGCGGCGGGGCAGCAGGUGGAUGUGAUGGAGGUGGACUCGCACCAGCUGUUCCGGCUGACGGGGCAGGUGGGGGCGCUGGUGGUGUAUCUGGCACCACCGCAGCAGCAGCAGGGGGAGCAGCAGGGGGAGAGAGGGGUGCAGCAGGAACAGCAGCAGCACUGGUUCCUACCGCUGCCGCAGCAGCUAGCGGAGGCUCUGAGAGGGGAGCAGUAGGAGGCAGGUGGGUAGGGUCCCAGCAGAGGGGAAGGGCAUGAUGACCGGCAGCAAACCACCACCGAUCCGCGCUGAACACCCGCCGAGCCCCCAACACGGGGUUGUACGUGGCACACGGAGAGCAGUAGGAGGCGGCACUGGGGGGCGAGGGAGCAGUAGGGGAGGAGGGUGUUGCAGUAGGUAGGUGGCGGAGCGGCUCCACAGCUGUAGGAGGGGGAGCUGUUGGGCACACUUUGUUGCCGCACUGAAAUAUCAUCUAGAUGAGAACUGUGUACAUGUCCUCUGUAAGAAGAAGAAGAAAAGUUCAUUCAUUGGUGGGUUAGUGUUUUGUUGCUCGACGCUUCGCUGUCCAAUACAGUAGGGUUUGUGUGCAUGUUUGCUCCUUGUUGUGAAGAUUUUGAAGAUUUGGUUGUCAUCCGCUGAUCGGUGUCAUUCUCUGAUCGCUGUAUCUGCGAUUGUGUUGGCUGUUAGGUCAGGACAUUAAUUACGUGUCCUGGUUGUGUGCCGUUGCGUGCAUGCGUUUGCAGUCGCACAGCAUUGAGCAUGGGGACGGAUGUUUGGAGUAGCUGUACUACUAGCCCUGCUGUAUCGUUGUUGAUGCUUCCCAAGCCUCGAAAUGGUUGAGAGAAAGAGCUUGAAAGCCGGCCAAGCGGGGCGUGUAUUGUACGAGCACUGUACGGUUUGUACAAUUCCCCCUGGACAGCUAUGUACAAUAACAACUAACUUGCUAAUACGCAUGUGCCGUGUACGCAAAGGAUCCAACACGUCAUUUCGUGGGUUUUCCUGAGCAUUGUCGUGCUUAUAUUCCUUUAAUUGAGGGCCUGAAGGGUCUGCUGGUAUGGCGAGGUCAGCGGUGUGUUAAAAUGACUGGCCGGUGUGUGCGUGUUAUUGGCCAGCGUGCAACAGCUGGGAGGUGAAGCUGGCGUGCCGUCCUGCGCAGCCUGGUGGAAGCAAGGAGUGUCAAGGAGUGUCUUGUGUGUAUGCUCACUCGAGAGGGGCUGGGUUGUGGUUUCAGGCGCUUCUUGGCGGGCUGACGUGGAGGACUUACUUAAAUGAAAACAAC